GAUGGAUUCCUUAUUUGAACAUGAGAAAUACCUGAACAACAUGUGCAGAAUAUGUGGCAACAGGGCUCAGACACGUGCUCAGAUUGAUAAAAGGGUAAAACCUAAAUACUGCAUAGAUUAUGUUGGAGAAAUAAACUCCUGUUAUGACGUAAAUGUUAAAAAUGACUCAAAAAGUGUGCACCCUACCAAUGACAUAUGUUACAGAACAAUAAAAAAUCUGAAAUAUCUGAAGAACCCCAAGAAUGUAGUAUUAUUUGAGUAUACUCAACAUUGUGAAAAAUGUACAGUUUGUGAAAGAUAUGAAAAUCAGAAAAGACCACAAGGAAACCCGAAACUAAUGAGGAAACCUAAGUAUAUACCUGUUAUGCAAUCAAGCCCUCAACCUGGAACAUCUCAUGGACAUGAAAUGAUAAGCAUUGGUACUUCACCAAUCCAGCAUUUUCCAACACCAAAAGAUCGGAAAGUUGAGAAAACACCUAAAAAUGCACUUGACAAUUCCCUGAACCAAUCAAUAACAUCACCCCUUGACAUUACAGAAGAAAAGGUUUACACACAUCUUACUAAAAGAAAAUUAAAAUUUAGUGAAAUACAAAAGGAUCAUAAUCUAAUUGUCUGUAAAACAGGUGGGCAACCAAUAGUCAUGCAAAAGGUAUCUUGUCCCCGCAGUGAUAAACCAUCUAAAUCCGCGCAAAAUAGGAGAAUAUAA